AUUUCCGUAUACAAAUCUUACAAUCCAACACCCAAAAAAUAUGAUGGUUGGAGAAGCCCAUCGUUUUAAUCCAACCGUCCACGUGCCACCCUGGUCUCAUCUCGAUGAGGAUCAGACGGACGUCGUUUACUCCCCCAUCAAUUACAAUGCAGUAGACAACGACUUCAACGGUAACGGCAACUCGUUUUACCUCCAGGAAGCGUUUUCAGCGUUACAACGUUACUUGCCAUCGAACCAACCUGACGUCGAGUUGGAUUCCGAGUUCCCGGGUCCGGAUGGUCCGGAUUCUCCGGUGGAUGCUUACUCCUGCGAUCAUUUCAGGAUGUUUGAGUUCAAGGUCCGGAAGUGCGCUCGUGGCCGGUCUCAUGACUGGACAGAGUGUCCGUACGCCCAUCCAGGCGAGAAAGCUCGCAGGCGCGACCCGAGAAAGUAUCAUUACUCGGGUACGGCCUGCCCCGAUUUCCGCAAAGGGAACUGUCGAAAGGGAGAGACUUGCGAGUUAGCUCACGGCGUUUUUGAGUGUUGGCUCAACCCAGCUCGUUACCGGACUCAGCCGUGUAAAGACGGGUCGGGUUGUCGGGUUUGUUUCUUCGCUCACACCCCGGAUCAGCUCCGUGUCGUGACCUCUAGCUCUGCUGAUUCAUACGACGGUUCUUCACCUUCUUGUGCUAAAACGAUGACGUUUUGGUCCUCCCCUCGUUCCGGUUCACCUUCGGUUAGUCCGCGUGCCGAGUCAUCGCCUCCGGUUUCGCCGAUGGCUCAGUCGCUGAGCCGUUCACUCGGCUCGGCUUCCAUUACCGAGAUGCUGACUUCUUUGAGGAACUUGCAGCUCGGUAAAGUCAAGUCCUUCCGAUCGGCAUUGAUCCGACCCGGAUUCUGCAGCUUACCCAGUACUCCGACCCGGAACGCCACCCUUCCCGGGAUUGGCUACUUGGAUACAUGGGAUAAAGUAUGUGAAGAAGAGCCGGUGAUGGAACGAGUCGAGUCAGGACGUGAUUUACGUGCAAAGAUGUUUGAGAAGCUGAGUAAAGAGAAUUCUUUGGAGCGGGUUAACCCUGGUCAUUCAACCGGAGCUCCGGAUUUGGAUUGGGUUUCUGAUCUGGUUAACUAAAAACAAAAACGGGGCUCCGAAUAUGGAUUGGGUUUGAUAAUAGAAGAAAUCCUUUUUUAAAAGAAAGCUCAAGCUUUGUAUAUAGGGGGUAUCAAGGGAAUGAGUUGCUAUUAUU